GUUUGUACUUCCGGGUCAGUGAACGCAACUUCUGUGUACUUUAACAAGACUUGAACCCUUCUUCUAACUAAAUGUGCUCCUUCAAAGCAUUCUCAUCGGAUGUCACAGUAGUAGAUCUUCCCCCUGAGAAGUACGAUCCUCCCCAAGUUAAACAGGAGUCAGAGUCAGGGAUGCCGUCCAUCAAACAGGAGGCGGAGCCGGAGACCCCCUACGUUAAAGAAGAAGAAUGGGAAGAUGAAAUCACCUUUCCGAUGACUAUCAGUGUGAAGAGUGAAGAAGAAUACGGCCCAAGCGAAGAGAGCGGAGCAGCAAAACCUUCGCGCGACAGCUCAUUUCAACACCCGACAACAAAAGACGUCACUGUUGAAGAUCUUCACUCUGAAAAGCAUGAGCCCCUCCAUAUCAAACAGGAGGAGAAUCCAGGGACCCAUAGCAUUAAAGAAGAAGAACAGGAAGAUGAAGUCUCCAAGUUUCCGAUCACUAUCAGUGUAAAGACUGAAGAACAUGAUGGUCCAAGCAAAGAGAGUGGAGCAGCAAAACCUUCUGGCGACAGCUCAUUUCAACACACGGCAACAAAAGAAGCCACUAAAAAAGAUCUUCACCCUGAGAAGCACGACGCCAGCCAUGUAAAGCAGGAGAAGGAGUCGGAGAUGCCAUCCAUAAAAAAGGAGGUGGAGCCAGAGACCCGCAGCAUAAAAGAAGAAGAACAGGAAGAUGAAAUCACCAAGUUUCCAAUGAUUGUCACUGUGAAGAGCGAAGUCGAUGAAGGUCCAAUGGAAGUGAGCAGAGCAGCAAAACGUUCGCGCGGGAGCUCAUUUCAACACCUGACCACAAAAGGUGAGGCACAAUUGCAACCGGACGACCUCUUCGCUCCACUCUCGGACAGUGAUGAUGUAACAUCACACUCUUCUGGCUUUAGCACUGAUGAGAAGGAUGUUGACUUUGACCAGAAUGCGCCGAAGUCCUUAAACAAGUCAUCAUUGAAAAGAGACACAAAAGAAUGCGCCGAUGUUACAGUAGAUGUUAUUCACUCUGAGAAGGGUGAUUCCCCACACAUCCAUCAGGAGGAGGAGUCUGAGACACCAUACAUCAAACAGGAGGCGGAGCCAGAGACCCCCUACAUUAAAGAAGAACAGGAAGAUAAACUCUCCAAGUUUCCAAUAAUUGUCAGCAUAAAAAGUGAAAAAGAUGAAGUUCCAAGCAAAGAAAGCGGAGCAGCAAACCCUUUAAAAGACAGCUCAUUUCAACACCAAACAACAAAAGAAGCCAUUAAAAAAGAUCUUCACCCUGAGAAGCACGACGCCAACCAUGUUAAGCAGGAGAAGGAGUCGGAGAUGCCAUCCAUAAAAAAGGAGGCGGAGCCAGAGACCCGCAGCAUAAAAGAAGAACAGGAAGAUGAAAUCACCAAGUUUCCAAUGAUUGUCUCUGUGAAGAGCGAAGUCGAUGAAGGUCCAAUGGAAGUGAGCAGAGCAGCAAAACGUUCGCGCGGGAGCUCAUUUCAACACCUGACCACAAAAGAUGUUACAGUAGAUGUUCUUCACUCUGAGAAGGAUGAUUCCCCACACAUCCAUCAGGAGGAGGAGUCUGAGACACCAUACAUCAAACAGGAGGCGGAGCCAGAGACCCCCUACAUUAAAGAAGAACAGGAAGAUAAACUCUCCAAGUUUCCAAUAAUUGUCAGCAUAAAAAGUGAAAAAGAUGAAGUUCCAAGCAAAGAAAGCGGAGCAGCAAACCCUUUAAAAGACAGCUCAUUUCAACACCAGACAACAAAAGGUGAGGGACUAUCCCAACCGGACGACCGCUCAGCUUUGCUCUCGGACAGCGACGAUGUAACAUCACACUCUCCUGACUAUAACACUGAUGAGGAGGAUGUUGAAUUUGACCAAAAUGCUUUGAAAUCCGUCAAUAAGUCAACUUUGAAAAGACGCACAAAAGAAUGUGCGGGUAGGAAACCUUUUGCCUGCUCAGUUUGUGAGAAAAGAUUCACCGUGAAGGCAGAGUUAGAUAGACACGCAAGAGCACACACUAGAGAGAAGCCUUUCGCCUGCCCAUUUUGCGAUAAAAGAUUUCGUUUGAAUCAUCAAUUGACUUCACACCUGAGUAUACACACUGGAGAGAAGCCUUUCGCCUGCUCACUUUGCAAUAAAAGAUUUCGUUGGAAUAAUCAAAUAACUAGACACAUGAGUACACACACUGGAGAAAAGCCUUUUGCCAGUCCAUUUUGUGAGAAAAAAUUCACCAAGAAGGGAAAUUUAGACGUGCACACACUGGAGAGAAACCUUUUUCCUGCUUAGAUUGUGGUCAAGAAUUCACCACAAAUAGUGAAUUACAAAUUCAUGCGAUAACACACACCGGAGUGAAACCUUUUGUCUGCUCAGUGUGUGGCAACAGAUUCAAAACAAAUGUAGAAUUUAACAGACACGCCAGAACACACAGCGAGGACAGACCUUUCACCUGCACGGUUUGCAGUGAAAGUUUUGCCUGGCAUUCACAGUUAAAAAAACACGCAAGAACACACGCUGGAGAGAAGCCUUUCACUUGCUCACUUUGCGAUAAAAGAUUCUGCUUGAAGCACCUUUUACUAUCACACAUAAGUACACACACUGGAUAGAAGCCUUUUGCCUGCUCACUAUGCAACAAAAGAUUUCGUUGGAAUCACCAGUUCACUUCUCACAUGAGUACACACACUGGAGGAAAGCAUUUUGCGUGCUCAGUUUGUCAGAAAAGAUUCAACAAUAAAGGAAAUUUAAACGUGCACACAAUAACAUACACCCGAGAGAAACCUUUUGUCCGCGCAGUUUGUGGUAAAGGAUUCAAAACGAAGGUAGAAUUAAACAGACACACAAGAAAACAGUGUGGAGAAACCUUUUGUCUGCCCAGUUUGUGGUAUAGGAUUCAAAACAAAAGUAGGAUUAAACAUGCACGCAAGAAAACACAGCGGGAAGAAACCUUUUACCUGCACAGUUUGUGGUGAAAGUUUUACCUGGCGUCAACAGUUAAAAAGACACACAAGAACACACACUGGGGAAAAAAAAGCCUUUUUACUGCUCAGUUUGCGGGAAGAGGUUCAGACAGAAGGCAGAUUUAGAAUCGCACACAAGAAAACACUGGGAAGAAACCUUGCACGGUUUGCGGUAAAUGUUUUAUCCUAGCUUCAAAAGUUAAAAAUACACACAAGAAGUCGCACUAGGGGAAAAACUCUUUCAAUUGAAGUGGUUAACAAACAAUUUUGAUUUCUGCCAUGCAUUUGCAGUGGAGAAAGCAGUUCAAUUUCAUUCGAUUUCCCUUGAGCCUCUUUUUGGGGAAAUAAAAAAGGUUACAAUGAUUUCCCCUCUUUUUCAGAACUCGCCAAUAUUCAGGAUUUUUAUUUUAUAUUAUUGAAUGGAUUGGGUUACAUCUUUUUCUGUUGAGGUUAUUCCGUAACUUUAUACUUUUUGUUAUACUACAUUUUUGUCGGUGUUGAUGGCCGCUAGUCUUGCCUCACCUUCAAUUGCCAUGACAACGCAGAAGCAAUAGUCUUUCAGUGAAUUCAUUGUUUUCUAAAAUUGUAUGUGAAUUUAUUUCUACUCUUCUUGUGUUUUCUACUGAAUUUUGUUAUAUUUGUUAUUCCAAAAGAAUUUGGUGAAAAAUUAUUCUUGGUUGAAGUCACAUGCGAAUGGCGCGUACGAGAGCAAGUUCGAAAAAGAGAAUUCCAUGUCUGCGAUCUGUUUUGAUGUACAAUUUAUCCACUGUUGUUGUAAUAAGGUGCACAUGGUAUGUAAUUUUUAUUUUGUUUCAAUUUCAAGCUGCAUUUAUUUUGAGUCGUGUGCAUUGUAAUAUUUGCUUCAUUUUGGAAUGACUGGACCU